GUCCCCGCGCCUCCCCCUCCUCCAGCCGCCCCAGCUGUGCCAGCUGCGCGGGACCCGAAGCCUCCGCCGCCGCCGCCGCCGCAGCGUGUGUGCCCGCGCUCCAGGCCCGCAGAUACUCAAUGCUGAGAAACUUCUGCAAUUUGGAACAUGUACUGAUGUCAAUGGACAAGAAAGAAAACCUGGGAUUUUCUCUGUGGAUGCCACUUUUCAUUUUCAGAAAACUCACAAGGACUUGAUUCAGUCGCCCGUAUUUGUCCUGUGGCUCCUCUGCUUCCCGGGCAGAAGUCAGGAUGUCACUGAAAAGCGAGUCCAGGGUAAACACUUCGGCACUGCAGAAAAUCGCCGCAGACAUGAGCAAUCUGAUAGAAAAUCUGGACACCCGGGAACUCCACUUUGAGGGGGAGGAGGUGGAGUAUGAUGCAUCUCCUGGAGACCCCAAGGCUCAGGAAGAGUACAUCCCAUUCUCUUCCAUUUACAACACUCAAGGAUUUAAGGAGCCCAACAUCCAGACCUACCUCUCCGGCUGCCCCGUGAAAGCACAAGUCUUGGAAGUGGAGCGCUUCACGUCUACCACGAGGGUGCCGAGUACCAAUCUGUACACUAUUGAGUUAACACACGGGGAAUUCACGUGGCAAGUGAAGCGGAAAUUCAAGCACUUCCAAGAGUUUCAUAGAGAGCUGCUCAAGUACAAAGCCUUCAUCCGAAUCCCCAUUCCUACCAAAAGACAUACCUUUAGAAGACAAAAUACAUACUUUAGAAGACAAAAUGUCAAAGAAGAGCCCCGAGAGAUGCCCAGUCUGCCCCGUUCCUCAGAAAACACCAUCCAGGAAGAACAGUUCUUUGGCAGGAGGAAGCAACUGGAAGAUUACUUGACAAAAAUACUAAAAAUGCCCAUGUACAGGAACUACCAUGCCACGACAGAGUUCCUUGAUGUAAGCCAGCUGUCUUUCAUCCAUGAUUUGGGACCAAAGGGCCUGGAGGGGAUGAUCAUGAAAAGAUCCGGGGGACACAGGAUACCAGGGUUGAAUUGCUGUGGCCAGGGAAGAGCCUGCUACCGAUGGUCAAAAAGGUGGUUAAUAGUGAAAGACUCCUUCCUGCUGUAUAUGAAACCAGACAGUGGGGCCAUAGCCUUCGUCCUCCUUGUAGAUAAAGAAUUCAGAAUAAAAGUGGGAAGGAAAGACACAGAAACCAAAUACGGACUUCGAAUCGAUAAUCUUUCAAGGACAUUGAUUUUGAAAUGUAACAGCUACCGACAUGCUCGGUGGUGGGGAGGAGCCAUAGAAGAGUUCAUUCAGAAGCACGGCGCUGACUUUCUCAAAGACCACCGCUUCGGUUCCUACGCGGCUGUCCACGAGAACACUUUAGCUAAAUGGUAUGUGAACGCCAAAGGCUACUUUGAAGAUAUCGCAAAUGCCAUGGAAGGCGCAACAGAAGAGAUUUUUAUCACAGACUGGUGGUUAAGUCCGGAAAUCUUCCUGAAGCGCCCAGUGGUGGAAGGCAACCGCUGGAGGCUGGACUGCAUCCUCAAACGGAAAGCACAACAAGGCGUUCGGAUUUUCAUAAUGCUCUACAAAGAGGUGGAGCUAGCCCUCGGAAUCAACAGCGAAUACAGCAAGCGGACUUUGAUGCAGCUGCACCCCAACAUAAAGGUGAUGAGGCACCCAGACCAUGUGUCAUCCAGUGUCUAUCUGUGGGCUCAUCAUGAGAAGCUUGUCAUUAUCGACCAAUCGGUGGCUUUUGUGGGUGGGAUUGACCUCGCCUACGGAAGGUGGGAUGAUGAUGAACACAGACUCACAGAUGUGGGCAGUGUGAAGCGAGUCACCUCAGGACUGUCCAUGGGCUCUCUCACAGCAGCAACAAUAGAGUCUAUGGAAUCUUUAAACCUCAAGGAUAAACACGAACCUCAUAAAAAUGAGCCCGUCAUGAAGAGUCCAGAUGAAACAGACGGCAAGCUGAGAGGGAUAGGAAAGCCCCGGAAAUUCUCCAAGUUUAGUCUCUAUCGACAGCUGCAGCGUCGCCAUCUGCACAGCUCGGACAGCGUCAGUAGCAUCGACAGCGCCUCCAGUUAUUUUAACCACUAUAGAAGUCACCAGAAUCUAAUCCAUGGUUUAAAGCCCCACUUGAAACUCUUUGGCCCUUCCAGUGAGUCCCAGCAGGGGCUGGCUGGGCACAGCACUGACACUGGCUCCAUCCGAAGUGUGCAGACAGGUGUGGGCGAGCUCCACGGGGAGACCAGGUUUUGGCAUGGGAAGGAUUACUGCAACUUUGUCUUCAAGGACUGGGUUCAGCUGGACAAGCCUUUUGCUGAUUUCAUUGACAGGUACUCCAUGCCCCGGAUGCCUUGGCAUGAUAUUGGUUCUGUGGUCCACGGGAAGGCAGCUCGUGAUGUGGCUCGUCACUUCAUCCAGCGCUGGAACUUCACGAAGAUUAUGAAGCCAAAAUACCGCUCCCUUUCUUACCCUUUCCUGCUCCCCAAAUCACAAACCACUGCACAUGAGCUGAGGUAUCAGGUGCCUGAGGCAGUCCCCGCCAGAGUGCAGCUGCUCAGAUCUGCUGCUGAUUGGUCUGCUGGGAUAAAGCACCAUGAGGAGUCGAUCCACACUGCCUACACCUAUGUGAUAGAGAACAGCAAACACUACAUCUACAUUGAAAACCAAUUUUUCAUAAGCUGCGCUGAUGAUAAAGUCGUGUUCAACAAGGUGGGCGAUGCUAUCGCCCAAAGAAUCCUGAAAGCCCACAGGGAAGGCCAGAGAUACCGGGUGUACAUUGUGAUACCACUGCUGCCGGGAUUCGAAGGAGACAUUUCCACAGGCGGAGGGAAUGCUCUACAGGCAAUAAUGCACUUCAACUACAGAACCAUGUGCAGAGGGGAGAACUCCAUCCUUGGACAAUUAAAGCCAGAGCUUGGUAACCAGUGGAUAAACUACAUAUCGUUUUGUGGCCUGAGAACACACGCCGAGCUGGAAGGGAGCCUGGUCACUGAGCUCAUCUAUGUCCACAGCAAGCUGCUAAUUGCCGAUGACAGCACAGUUGUGAUCGGUUCUGCCAACAUCAAUGACCGGAGCAUGCUGGGAAAGCGAGACAGUGAAAUGGCCGUCAUCGUGCAGGACACAGAGACGGUCCCCUCCAUGAUGGACGGAAAGGAGUACCAAGCCGGCCGCUUCGCCCGAGGACUCCGGCUGCAGUGCUUCAGGCUCGUCCUUGGCUAUCUCUCUGAUCCAAGUGAGGACCUUCAGGAUCCUGUGUGUGACAAAUUCUUCAAGGAGAUUUGGGUUUCAACAGCAGCUCGGAAUGCUACCAUUUAUGAUAAGGUGUUCCGUUGCCUUCCGAAUGAUGAAGUACACAAUUUAAUACAGUUGAGAGACUUUAUAAGCAAGCCCAUAUUAGCAAAAGAUGACCCUGUUCGUGCUGAGGAGGAGCUGAGGAAGAUCCGAGGCUUCUUGGUUCAGUUCCCUUUUUAUUUCUUAUCUGAGGAAAACCUCCUGCCUUCUGUAGGAACCAAAGAAGCCAUGGUGCCCAUGGAGGUUUGGACAUAAGACAAAUUCCGUUGCAAGUCAAGGAUUUCUAAUCUGAAGACCACAUUGCAUAUGGUGACUUCCUAAGGACUUCACAGCCAAACUCAGGCCUGAUGCACUCCUGUGACCCACCCACUGGACUCUUUGGAGUGAAUGAGGGGUCAGUGGUCACACUGAUAUAAGGACUCUCUGCAUAAGCAAGCCUUUAUCAUAUAUCCUGCCUGUCCUUGAGAAAAGUGGUUAUAUUCUUGUUAAUAGCAUACAUUCAAACAAUACCAAACACAGAUGCAAAUUACAUGAUACAUAUCAAAAAACCGGCUCCUUUGCUAACAAGAAUCUGCCUGUAACUGUGAUUCAAACUGCCAAAAGUUGCCUGAACUCUCUUGUUCUCUGAUGCUAAUUAAGGCAGCUGGGGCCCACCAGGAUGCCCUCAGCUUGUCCAUACAGCCCUGUUUAAGAGACUGCUGAUCAAUGAAAGAUGUGGAGAGCCAAUUUCAGAGUCCCAAGGUUCCAGAUGAUGCUGGACCCACAUGGUUCUACAUGAGGAUGUUUACUAAUCCAAGAAGGUGCUUUCUGUUCCUUUUCAGUCACUGCAGGGACAGAACAGGCUGUGCCUAGCUACCUGCAUCAGGCACUUCUGAGGCAGCAAUAGUGACUCUUGACAACAGGGAGGCAUUAAAUUCCAAUACUAAAGAAGAAAUUUCCCUUGGUUCCCAAAGAUAUUGCCAAGCUGUGUCCUUAUCAUUGAGCCCCCCUAAUAAUAUUUGUAAAUGUGUGCCAGGUACACCAAAACAUGGCAACCAGAUAAACACAGAUAAAACCUCCAAGGUGUCAGUGGGAAUCCAGUUCAGAUCAAGGACAAGAUUCCCCACAGUCUGUAGAAUCCCUGUCCCCCUCAGCCACCGGAUUGACGACAAAGCUGGAUUUCUCCAUAAGCAAUCCAAUGGAUGCAAUUUGUCUUCCAAAAGAAGCAGAGGUGUUAUAAUGCCUUCUAGCUGACAAGCAGGAGUCUGACCUUAUUUACCCUUCAGUCUUUCUGCUAUGUCUUCUUUAGGGGAAAAAGUAGUUGAUUAUAAAGAUGAGCUACUUUGCUUGCACUGAUAACUAUGCAGUAACAUUCCAACAUGGCUUCCAAAGAAGUUGCAAUAGUAAUUCACGUUGUCCCGGUCUGAAAUGUAGAUAUCCACUUUCCCUUUCAGAUGGUAUGGUGUCCUUUAUAGACCAAAUUUCAGGGUCCUCUCACAUCCUAGGAGCAUCUUGGGUUCCUGGAAGCCUCAGGUCCUUUGGGGUUCUCUUCAAAGCAACUGCCAACCCAUGUUUUCAUGAACAAAUAUGCUGGUUUAAAAGAUGACAUAGGACCACAAAACCAGUGUUAUAGGUUAAUAACAGAGUAACUGUCACAUCCAAGGGAGGAUGUCACUCCUAGGGAACAUUCCACAAAUGAGGUGUGAUUUGUAAUCAACAAUGGAAAUGAAUCUGUUUUUAUGAAUAAAUAACUUAUUUCUUAUAUGGCCAAGGAUGGUGAGAUGAUUUCAUUCUAUAGUUGUAGUGAAUAAGACCCUAUGCAGACAAAGAUCACAUUGCAUUUAAAAUAUUCAAUGUGCAUGGAAUAUCUAAAGAUUCAUUGUGUUUUAUUUAAAAAAAAUUUAAAGUUUAAAAUGGUCAACUAGCUGAUUCUUGAUUUUAUGCCCAAUAUUCUGAUACGAUCCUAAUGGACUGGCAAGAACCCCAAUGAGUCAUUUACUCUGACCCUUCCCCACUGUGUAGAUGAGGACACUGAGCUUGUAUUGGAGGAAGGAAUGAUGUAAGCCUGCCCAACAGAUGUGCAGUGGGCUGCUGUGGCCAAUGUCAGCCUCUCUUCACUUUGUGCUUACCCUGGACUGAGGACAUGCAGCUGUCAAAUGGCUAACUUAUGCUGUGAAUCCUGUGAUCUGUGUUAUUUGUCUCCACCUACUAGAAUGGGAGCUGUAGACAGCAGGAACUCCAUGGGUUGUUUAGUCUUCAGAGCCUGAAACAGUGCCCAAUGCAAAGGAGAUGCUGAUGAAUGUCUGUGGAGUGAAUUCAUGAUCCAACGAGCUGAAGACCACACUGACUCUCCCUGCUGGUUUCUGUGGAAAGUUUUCCUACUACAUCUUCUCAAAGAUAAGAUGCUUACCUGCAAAGAGAUGUACUUGGAGGGGCCUUGUGGGAAAUUCAGUGUAAUGAAUACCUUCCUAUGGUAACUGUUUACAGAGUUCAGCUGUCUACCAAGAUGCCUAGGAUAUGGGCUCCACCACAAGCUGACUGCCUGCCAUUCUCUGACACCACCACUGCCUUCUAGAAAUUACAUUCUAUAUCUGAGAAAGACUUUAAAAUGUGACUAGUUUAUGCCCUGAAAAGCUAGUUCAGAUCUGCUCAGCAUUUCCGAUUAACCGCAAUCUUUUUAAAUGCUGGUCAGCACUCACCUAAUGUUCUGCCAAUCUCUGUAACAAUCUUUGUUUUCAAGAAGCAAAAAAGUCUAUUGUUAGAAGAAGUGGAGUAGGAAACGGUCAGACCUGGGGGAGCUGCUCUGGACAUGCACCAAGCCGAGGGCUGUGGUAGCGAGUGGGAUGCAGCAAUCCCCUUCAAAUCAAAUAUCCAUGAAGUGGGGUGGCCUUAAUCCUGAGCCGCAGUGCAGCACAGAGAAACUUAAGGGACUGAUUGUGCGUCAUAUUGUGAAAUAAAAAUAUUUGUUUUUAAA